AUGAACGUCCCACCGCAUGCAGAGCGGCAGAGGAGCCAUGGCCGUGUUGCGAGCAGCGAUGACCGGCGCCGAGUCACUCCUGUCGCCCUCACCAGGAAGUUGACCCGCGGGCCUCUGGACCAGGAUGGCGUCGACAGCGCAGUAGAUGAUCCCCUCGCACCAAGUACAAGCAUCCACACCAGCCCUCCGCGCUCGCGUGCCCUCUCCCCCGCCCAGCUGCCCCAGAAUGCCGCCGUCUCCAACACGCCCGACGUGCCGCCAAAGGACUUCUCCUUCCUCCAGGACCCUGCCGCAUACCACGUCCUCCCUCCCGCCGCCGUCCCGCUCGCCUUCCAAAGCGCCGCCUACGUCCCCUCGCUCUCCUCGCCCAUAGCCUCGCUUCUGCAAACCGGCCACUACCGUCUAGCCGCCAUCGCCGCCGCGCGCAACCUCGUCGCCGCCGCAUCACCCACCGACUACGACACGCUCUUCCACCUGCUCCACAUCCGCCUAGCAUGUCUCUGCCUGAUCCAAGAACAAGCGCUGGCUAGCCAGGAAGCAAAAGUCCUCGGCGACCUAAGCAGCGCCUUCUACCGCCACGCCCUGACAAACGCCCACCUCGUGCCCUGGGCCCUGCGCCUCCUCGUCGUCCGCCUCGCCGCCCUGGGCUACGGCGAAUGGCGCAAAGGCAUAAUGGGCUACUACGAGCUCGCCCGCGAAUGCCGCGAAACACUGCUCAAGCCCACAACCUCCGAGGCUGAGAAGCCCCUGUGGCGCACCCGCCUGCGCGACUGCGGUAUUCGCGUCGCCAACGUGCUCGUCGAGAUGGGCGACCUGGAAGGCGCGGGUCGUCACCUCGGCACGCUGUCCAGCUCUGACGACGCGCCAGACUCGACGGAAGCCCGCGAGGUCCUGCUGAUGGAAACCCUCGUCUGGCUGCGUCUGGGCGAUAUACCCACCGCGCGCUCCCGCCUGUCUCGCGCCUCCGCCCACGCCGCGCCGUCCCUUGUAGACGCUACCCUCACCGCGCUCAUCCUGCUCGCAGAAUCCGAGUACGAGGCUGCUUGCACGUCUUUCCAGGCCCUACACGCCGAACACCCCGCAGACGCGAUGAUCACGCAGAACCUGGCUGUGUGCCUACUCUACACUGGACGGAUAGCCGAAGCCAGAACUGUCUUGGAGGACCUGGUGCACGCGAGUCCGCCUUUCUACUCGAGUGUGUUCAACCUGAGCACCGUGUUUGAGCUGUGCACGGAGAAGAACAGGGAUAGAAAGGUGGGCGUUGCGGAGAUGCUUGCCGAGAGGAAGGAGGGCGGUGGUGUGGGAUGGGAAGUAGGGAAUGUCGUGUUUAAAUUGUGAGGAUAGCAUAUGGUACAUACAUAUACAUAUGAUGAGAUAUGACCAUAGCAAUCCUGCCAUUGAGGUUCUACAACCAAUCUAAACAUAACCCGAUAGAUUUCAUACCCAAUGUCUCAAUCAAAUCACUGUUCCAAAAGUACAGCACCUCAUCGACACACACUCAUGUAUUUCUUCGAAGCAGCUCACUCUACUACAAAAAGACCCGACUAUCAGUCCCCAUCGCGGUCCAUAAAACCCUC